GCCUACUCGGCACUACUAGUCUAGUGCAACGACACUAACGUCUCUCAUCAAAUCGGUUUGACUAGAUACUUUCUUGGAAAUAAUUAUAGAGUAUGUCGGGGCCUGGCGAGCUGCCGCUGUCGAUUGUAAUCUGCGAUGAUGCAGACCCAGUGGCUGUGGCCACGCUAUCCGGAGUUAGUAGACUUGUAGCGGUGGACGCUGAGCGCCUUUCAGAAAUCCCUGGAAUGGAUCCUGUUGUUCUACUUGUGUGGCAUACUGUCAGUAUUGAUGCUGAAUAUCUGAGCAGAUUCAAGUGCCUACGUGUAAUAAUUCGUAUGGGUGUUGGCUAUGACAAUGUGGAUAUUGAAGCUGCUGGUAAAUUGGGCAUUGCUGUAAGUAACAUACCAAACUAUGGCACGGAAGAGGUUGCCGACGCAGCCAUGAGUCACAUUCUAAACCUCUACCGCAGAACCCUGGAGAUGGAGAAAUGGACGCAUAAGAACCACCCCCUGAUCAAUGCAGUGCAGACAUCUGCAGUGGCACAGGGCGUCACUCGAGUCCGCGGCCAGAAGCUGGGACUGGUCGGGCUAGGAAGAAUCGGCGUGGCUGUGUGCAACAGGGCAAAGCCGUUCGGCUUUGAUAUGUCUUUCUAUGACCCGUGCCUACCCGCAGGCGUGGAGAAAUCCCAUGGGAUACGACGACAUUAUGACUUUGAUGAACUGCUGGCAGAGAGCGAUAUUGUCUCGUUUCACUGCAAUCUUACGGCCGCUAACAAGCACAUGUUGAACUCCCAGUCCAUUGCAAAGAUGAAGAAUGGAGCGCGACUUGUCAACACGGCACGUGGUGGCCUGAUUGACGAGACUGCACUGGUGGCUGCGCUAGAACAGGGAAAAUUUGCCAGCGUGGCUCUGGACGUACACGAGGAGGAGCCGUAUGUGCGCGAUCAGUCGGCAUUGGCCAAGUUUACGAACGUGUACUGCCUGCCUCACCUGGCUUGGUUCAGCGAACAAAGUCUUGCGGAGAUAUGGCAGAUUGCGGUGGAGGAAAUCUGCAGGGCACUUAAGAAGAACGCAACAUGCACAGACCUGAGACUGUGCUUGAACCGAGACGUGAUGUGUCCUGAGGCAGCCAGGAGAGUCUGGUCCUGAGCUAAUCAGCCAACACACUAACACUAACAGUAACAUUACACUGCUCAGUCAUCUGGUCCUGCUUGACUGAUCGCAGCUUGCCUUGAAAAUAAGCUAUCCAUGACGGCUCGGCUCGCGUGGCCCUGGCUAUCUAUGAUGCAAUAAGAAUUUUAGGAUAUCGUGGAUAUUUUGCGGAACAUUAUUAGAGCGAUGAAUAGUAUUAGUGAGGUGGACAUUGAAUAUUGAAGUAUCAAAAUUAUAAAGAAUUCCGUCGCACUCGCUGACUGUAUACGAUGUGGUUACGUUGGUGGACAGUUAGUCAUAAUAAACUCGUAUUAUUUUUGUCCUUCUGAGUUCUCCUUUUAAGGAAUGAAGAAUUUUCUUAUUAACUUUCAUGAGACACUCAUCAGGGAAGCGAUUUCAAUAUUGCAAUAGCUAGGCAGGCUAUUCAUUUGCAGAACAAUCAGUUCCAAAGGAAUGCCCAGGUGUCCGUUUUUUUGCACACUAGCCAGUGAUUAAUGACAGUUGGUAUAGCCUAUAGGUAUAAUUCGACAUCUCGUUGUUGAUACAUGUGGAAUAGGUCACUUAUGGUCAGCUUUGGAGGAGGAUGUAACUCGACUAAUGCACGCACAUGCAUUUUUUAAACCAUUGUACUAUGCAGUCUUCGAAAGUUUUUAAACUUACAAUAAUUAAAUUUUAGAAUCUGUUAUCCGUAAAAUGUCCUUGUCAACUA